AUGUACUCAAAAGCAGUGUUGUUGAUCGCAAUGUGCACAAUUAUGCACUUCGCAGCUGGAUCCGUUAUCCGGGAAAAACAACACAUGAACGAAGACUACAGUGUUUAUUUCAAAACUCUGGCAUCUUAUCGCCAGAGACUGCAGAUCGAAGGAUUAUUCCCUAAAUCUAAAAAACUUGACAUCUCAUCUAUCAACGUGCAAAAUUUCGAUGAACUGGAAGUGCUCCAACUCGUCCCAGUGACGAUCAAACAACUUCGUCAACACAAGCUUAGCAGUGAUGAGCUUGUUGCGCUGCAAAAGAUCUUCGGCAGUUUUUGGGAUUUGAUUGAGGAAGACGCCCAUCGCAAACGCUCCGAACCGCGAAGUGAUCUUCUGUCCGAUCUGUUGAGUUCUCGCGAGAUUCGUUUUGGGAAGCAGGAAAUCAGAAAUCACCUAAAAAACGACCUCAAAGGCAACUCCGUCCAGAUGGUGUACAAUCCGGACAAUUCCCGAACGAUCAAGUUCUCGCACGAACCCGGAAUGGAACCCUCGCAGCGAUUGCUCCGCAUGGUAGCCGCAAUUUGCCAGCAAGUCUACAGGGAGAGACCUGCGCAGAAAACACGCAACAAGCGAUCGGAUUCGAUCAAGCUGGAAAACGUCGAAGUAACGAUCAAGGUGCCACGGGCGAAGCGAUCACUCUACUCGGGAGUAGCAAUCAAGAGGACAGCUGGUCUGACAUCGGCGGAGGAACGGCACAUCGACGAUGCGAACGAGGCGGCAAUUAUGGAAGCCGUUCUCGCGCAGAUUGGAAACAAUGGUCUAGACGACGACGACGACGACGCCGACGACAACAGCAGUGGGGUCGAGGAUGAUGAUGAUUACUAUGAAGACGAUGACGACUACCUGGUGGAGCACGAGCCGACUGAAACGGUUAAGGCCAGCGGUGAAAAGGUGGAGAACGUUGACGGUUGGGCGUCGGGUGAAAAUAACGGCUUGGAGGGCCAUUCGCCGGACUAUGCGUACGAUGAGAGUGGAGUUGAUGAUGAUUAUUUUAUGACUGACUUCAAGCCGAGGUUCAGUCCGGGGGACUUUGAGAAUCCAUCGAUUAAUGAGCUGAUAAUGCUGGCGGCACGACACCACGCUAGGAAACGGGCUGACGUGAUCGAUACGGGUAAUAGGUUCCGGACUGCUAGCAGUGAGACUGAGGAUGAUAAAUGGUGGUAA